AUGGCCACGUGGGCCCAAGCAGAAUCUACAGGAUCCAGGAAUGGCACUCCUUCGACGAUAAGCAGACUCAGUCCACACCGCAGUGAUCUGUUUGGUGCCCCUUUGAGUGGGCCAUUGCUUGCAGAUGUCUCGCAUUUAAGCUCGACUCAUCAAGGGAGCAUAUUAACCUCCAGUCAUAAUAGGCAGUCCAAUUAUUCAUUCACGCCUUCACCGAUCUCUCAAUCCCCAUCACUCCAAGGCGACAUCCCAGGUCUUUCAACAGCUAGUAGUCGCAAAGAGGCCAUGAAGAUCUGGAGCGAUCAAGUUGCCAUGAAAUCAGCUUUGUCUACUCAACAACAUGAAGAUCUGCGAUCUAUUAUCGAGCUCGGCAGUAACUUAGAAUCUGGAGACGUCCAAAUUCGCAUAUGGCAGCUUGCGUGUCAGUAUGAGACACGCAAUUUACUUGAGGAGCUGCAAAAAGAGAUCACUAGCAUUGGAAACAUUGUCCGGGAGCUCAAGGAGGAGUCACACACAAAAUUUGAACUCACCUCGGAACAAAAGACCACAUUGAACAAUGUUUGCAAAGAUAUGGCCUUUAGCCCGAAACGAGUAGCUUGGCGGCAGCUGCACAUUGAGCUCCAGUUUGCAGAGACUCAUGAGCUCUUUGCCGGCAUCAAAGGCAAUGACCUGCGAGAAAAGGUCUUGCUCAAUGACUGUAAAGAAAAGGCACGGAACACACGCACACAACUGCGCCUUGGGAUUAUCGACUCGAUCCUCGAACACCUUGAUCUCGAGCGAACGACAUACCGUAUUGCAGAGAAGUUCCGGAGGGGGGGGCCAGGCAGCCAACUGCCUGUUGACUAUCAGAUACAUGUAGCAUUGCUGCGCCGGUGGUCCUACGAGAAUGACAAGGAACUUGCUGAAGCGGCAGCACGCACACAUGGAGAACCAAUGACCAAGAAGCGAAAGGGGACAGGUAAGGUAGCAAAGGGUGAGGACUACUGGUCAAAGGUGGAUAUGUGGUUUGUAGCGAGGGUGCAGGAGUGGGGGAGUAACCUUAACAAUCCCGGAUGGCAUAAAUAUAUUACCGAGACAGUCAAACUUGACCUGACGAUAUUUAGAGAGGGCCCAGGGAUACUGAUGCAGCGCCUGCCGGAAUCAAUGCACCCAUCGCGAGAGGAACAUGUGGUAGCGCAGCUCCUUCUCCUUCUAAAUGCAUUGCUGAUCAUUGGAGCUGGUUCUACGAAGCUGCUGCUGACUGCUAUCAGGCUGAGCAUGCCGCUGACUGAGCUUGGGCUUUCACCUGUACACUCGGAUCUGUGGAACUUUGGCUACCCCUCUCAUCAUGCUCUAUCUCAGUUCUUACCUCGAUGGAUGCUAUGGGAAUUCACUCAAGGUUUAUGUACUCGGAGGUCUGCGAUAGAUGGUGAUGCAGCGUCUAAUAGAAGGACGGCAUGUAAGGCUUGGUGA